CGGUGAUUGGCGGCGGGGCCGCUGUAGAAGCGAUGCUGGCGCGCGCGCUGCGUACACACGUGGUGAGCUUAGCGCGGCUCUUUGGCUCAGCCAGGGCCACACCGGGAGUCACGGGCAGAGUCGACUCCACACCGGCGGGAGCCACAGCUGGGGCCAGAUCCACGCCAGGUCCGGGAACCAGAGCCACGCUAGAGUCGGGAGCCGGAGUCGGAGCUAGAGCCACGCCGGAGCCGGGAGCCGGAACCGAAGCCACGCCGGUUCUGGGAGCCGGAGUCCAACCGAGUCGCCGAGGAGCAGAAAGUCGCGACGCCCAGAUGGAGUGCGAGCCCGAGUGCCGCGUGCUCUCCAUCCAGAGCCACGUGGUGCGCGGAUACGUGGGCAACAAGUCGGCAGCCUUCCCGCUGCAGGUGUUGGGGUUUGAAGUGGACACAAUCAACUCUGUGCAGUUUUCAAAUCACACAGCAGGAAUCCAUGACUGCAUAAAAGAUGGCACCGUAGGUUACGCUCACUGGCGUGGCCAAGUCCUCAAGUCCGACGAGCUCAAGGAACUGUACCAGGGCCUCCGGCUCAACGAUAUCACACGCUAUGACUAUGUUCUCACCGGCUACACAGCUGACAAAUCCUUCUUGGAACAGCUGGUGGGCAUUGUGAAGGAUUUAAAAAAGCAGAACCCCAAAGUUAUUUACGUCUGCGACCCAGUCCUGGGGGACAAGUGGAAUGGCGAGGGAUCUAUGUACGUUCCGGAGGAACUGCUUCCUGUCUACCGAGACCAAGUGGUUCCUCUCGCCGACAUCAUCACCCCCAACCAGUUUGAGGCCGAGCUCCUAACAGGAAGGACUUUAAACACCGAGAAGGAAGCUCUGGAGGUCAUGGAGGUACUGCACGCCAUGGGGCCCCACACGGUGCUCAUCACGAGCUCCGACUUCAUUCCCAGCUGCGAAAACGACCUCCUCGUCGUGCUGGGAAGCCGCAUCACCUGCAAACCGGACGGUACCAACAGCAAGGAGAAAAUCCGACUGGAAAUCCCGAAACUCGACGCGGUGUUUGUUGGAACUGGGGACCUUUUUGCAGCCAUGCUCCUUGCGUGGAUCCACCACCACCCUGACAACUUCAAGCUGGCCUGUGAAAAAGCCGUGUCGGCUAUGUCGCACGUUUUGAAAAGGACCCUGUCUUGCGCUCAAGCCCAAGCAGGUGGUGGGAAGCCUCGCGUGGCGGAGCUGGAGAUCAGGAUGGUGCAGAGCAAGCGAGACAUCGAGAAUCCCAAGGUCCUCAUCCAGGCCACCACGCUGUAGUAGUGCCCAGCCCACGCCGGCCUGCCUGGGCCGUCUUGCUUCAUCGGAGCACCUGCACACCCAUCAAGUUUUAGGCACGUGCCACUUCAGAGUGUACUCGCAUCCCAUCCCGUGACGUGAAAAUCCUGUCCCCCCGUGCCAGUCCCUCAACGCUCUCUCAAGCACCGUGACCCUUCCCCCCCUACCGACCCCACAAACGAAACCAACAAUUGGUGUAUUUAUUGACAGCUUCUAAUCGAUAUUAGAGACUAUUUUUAAAUGUUCUGGUUCGAGUGGUUCUUUGUUUUCGUGAGGAUUAAGUUUCUAAAGUUGACGUAACGUACGUAUGUCUGUGUGGUCAUGAAGAUUUGGGAUAAAUUGGUGUUCUGUUUGUUGUGGCCGUGCAGUAAUGUAAAGCGUCUCAUGUGUGUACGUGUGUGCGUGACGCCGUAAAAGCUCUAUCAUUAAUAAGAAAUUAAAAUAAAAGUAUAUGCUAACUCUAUAUCUUGACUAUACUGUGCUGUUCAAAGUGAGAUAUCUUGCUGUGUAAAACGUGUCUUUAGGUUGUUGUGAGUGGUCAGAAUACUCAACAAACCCACGUCCUCACAUCACCGUCAUGUAUUGUGUACUAGACGAUUUGUGUCGAGAAUUUUUUUUAAAAAAUCUGACACGUUGCUACAAUCACAGAACUGCCACUUCCUGUUGGAGCACGGUUAUUAUUACUGCUAAAUUAUUAUGAGAAAUCGAGAAAUGUCGCCCCAUUGUUACAGAUGCACACGUCUUAAGCUGGAUGUCGAUGUGGCACGUGGUGUUGGCGUCCUUCACAUAUAAUCCGUCGUCACCCUCUCUUUUUUAAUGAACACAUCUUUAUCUAUUUUCUUGGAAAUACCUUCGCAUUGACAAUUCUUUUAGCAGUCUGGCGGUUUUUGGUGACAAUGUCCACGUGGGGGGUGAAGUGGUUCAUUUCCUGUUUCUUUACUCCAAACUUUUUUUCCGACCGUUCGAUUUGUUUUAUUUGCUGUGUUUAUUAAACGUGUUGCUGAUUUCUGUGCUCUUAAGCAACUUUUUCUUGCUUGGCCCUGAUGGACUGCAGAGAGAAACCAGGAGGUGCGCGUGGAACGUGCGAGUUUAUUACAAUCCAGGCUGUAGCUGGACGAUGACACUGACCUAUGACGCCACGGACGAUAUGGGGAUACAGUUGCAGUAAGUAGUGCUGAUCAUCUUUGUUUUUGUGUUCGGUGCAUUCUGGUUGUCUUAUGUAUGAGCAUCAUUUCAUGAGGUGAAGAAUUAAUUUGGAACUCUCAUAGCGGUGCGACGCGUGCUGCAGAAUGGCCCAUGCAAGAGAUUUUUCAUGGGACAUCGAUGAAAAAUCCUUCAAGGCUCCGUAUAUCCUUUAUCUGAAUGCGUAGAGCCGCAAAUGUCAUGAUUUCUUUGUGGGCAGGCAUUGAUGUGACUCCUGGAGACCAUCAACUCUCUACUUGGGAACCCAGUUUCAUCCUGGGCGUCUGCCCCCAUCCGAACCCAGAUUCUCAACAGUAUAGCUCGGCGCUGUGUGGUCCCUCAACCUUGUGGCCACCUCUAAAAGUCGGCUCUGUUUCAUAAUUGCACACCGGGUAGCAAUCCAAAUGUUGCCGGUUCAUUCUCCUGGCGUGGCAUUUAAGUUACGUAAAUCCCUACCACCUCUGUCCACCCAGCAGUAUGUGAAUGGAUACACCCCGGAUUGUCGAUCGGCAGGCCGCGUGUGGUGGGGUAAAGUGUAGGUACUCCCACCUCUUGUUAGUGUGUGAGAGUAGGGCAGCCACCUUCUAGAGGGGCUCUAGAGAUUGUAAUGGGAGCAGUUCUGUCAGGAGUAGCGUGGACAAGCAAUCGCAGGCCAGCACCUUUUCCUUUAUAACAGCUAAAAUGGCCACGUGGUACUGCCUGUUGCCAGAAAGUGGACAUUGGACACAUCCGUUUGGUAUUUUGUUUGCCCGAAGCAUUGCCAAAAUCGCUCGCAACUAAGUUAUGGGAAUUUCCAAGUAACUGACUGCAUUUGUGUGACCUGUUUCUUGUUUGUGUGUGACCUGUAACUUGUUUGUAUGUGACCUGUAACUUGUUUGUAUGUGACCUGUAUCUUGUUUGUAUGUGACCUGUAUCUUGUUUGCCAAGGAGAAACCAUCUCACAAAAGGGCUCUCGUCCAGACAUGAAGGAAAUGUAACUUCAGAGACAGCACCAAAACCUCGCUGUAGGUUGGGCUCCAGCUACAGGCUUCUGUGUAACACGAGCCCUUCGUUGCUUUGAUCGAAUGCUUCCGUAGAGAUAUUCUGUGCAACGUUGAGCGUGGGGUCUGUUUCACGGAGAGAAUGCAUUGUGAUGAGGCCUGGGGUGGCUACAUGCCUCUUGAGCAGCCGUUGCGUUCUAAGUGGAGUCAUCUUAUUCACAAGUAGCCACUUUAAUUGCUUUAAACAAACCUAAAGUGAGAUU